CUCCAUGCAGCAGCAGCAGUCUGCCGCUACGAGAGGACCAGAAAUCUGCAGCUCACAGAAUGAAGAGAUCAAAAUGAUGCUGCCUCUAAAAAGGGAUUAAACUCUGGGCGCCACCUCGCUGGGAUCGGCUGCUGGUGGAUAAUACAGAUUUGCCACCGGGAGUUGAGAAAGGAGACAUGCCGUCGUUGAGCAUCAGUUGCGACGCUUGACUGACCAUGAUGAAGACCGAAUCCACAUCCAAGAGCACCGGCUCUGGCUCCACGCUCAGGAGCCCAUCCCCGCACAGGAACGCGUACGAGGCGGGGAUGCAGGCCCUGAAGCCCGUUAAAGACAAUGCUGCAAAUGGGGACAUGCAGGAGGGCCCCCGAGGGCGCAGGUACGGCUCUAAUGUGCACCGUAUCAAGAACAUGUUCCAGCAGAUGCAGACCACAUCCCCGGCCGACGCAGAGGGUGAGGACAACGCCAGGAUCGCCGACAAAUCGGUGCGCCUUUCCCUGCCUAGAGCCGGUAGCCUGAACGAGAACGUGGAUCACAGCGCGCUGCUGAAGCUCGGAUCCACCGUGUCCGAGCGCGUCAUCAAGUUCGACACAAAACCGGAGAAUGGGCACCAGCGGGCCUCCUCGCCCAGCUACUCCAAGCUACAGGAGACCCGCCGCAUCUUUGAGGAGAAGCAGCAGCAGGAGAAACUGCAGCAGGAGAAGCAGCAGCAGGAGAAACUGCAGCAGGAGAAGCUGCAGCAGGAAAAACUGCAGCAGGAGAAGCUGGCUACAACCAGGGUGUUACUGAAGACAGAUAAGGCCUCGAGUUUUCAGGAUGGCAGGUUGGACAUGGUGGCCCGUUUUAAUGGCAGCACAGAGUCCCUGGACAGCCUGGACACUAGUGAAGCAGUGUCCCCUACAGUCAGCCAGCUCAGUGCUGUGUUUGAACGGGCAGCCGAGCUCCGGAACAACCUCCACCGUCUCUCCUCUACACCACCACUCCCUUCCAGAGGGGUCAGCACCAAGGUAGGCGUGUUGAAUUCCAAGAUAAUCACAAAGAGGGUCAGUGCCUUUGCAUCAGGCAACCAAGGGGAUGAGAUAAGCAUUCAGAAGGGACAGGAGACACCUCCAAGGGGCUCCAGAGGAAGGGUGACUCCUCCAUCUGAAAGCGUUAAUGGUGGCCAGUGUGCCCCAACUACUGAACUUUACAGUAAUGUAGGAGAGCCGAAUGAACAGAGAGAAAAGACAGUUUCAGAUGCAGGUGUCGAGGCCAAAGUUGAUGUUAAACCUGAGGAACACUCUGGGACCAGCGAGCCCAGCAGCACAAUACUGCAAGGUGACAUCCACAUGUCGGUGCAGAAUGGAGAAACUGCCUCAGAGAAGCGAAGCUCUCCAAAGAGUGCCGACAUGGUCAGGCAGGAUGGGGACAAAAAUACAGAGGAGGAGGAAGACAGGACUCUCAGAGAAGAACAGUCGGGCCGGGACUCUGUGGAUAUCAGUACCUACAGUGCGGUGGGGGAGGACUUUGAGGGAAGCCAGAAGGAUGAGGAGGAAGACGAGGGCGAUGACCGCUACGAGCCAGAGUCCAGUUGUGUGGAGAUUUCAGGGCUGCCUGUGGAAGAGGAUCCACCCCCUUCAAGAAAGAUUCGCUUCAGCACAGAGCCCAUCCAGGUGUUUGCCACCUAUUCCAACGAGGACUAUGACAGACGUAAUGAAGAUGUGGAUCCAAUGGCAGCGUCUGCUGAGUAUGAGCUGGAGAAAAGAGUGGAGAGGCUGGACCUAUUCCCUGUGGAGCUGGAGAAAGACGGUGACGGCCUGGGCAUCAGUAUUAUUGGGAUGGGUGCAGGGGCUGACAUGGGCCUGGAAAAACUGGGCAUCUUUGUGAAGACUGUCACAGAAGGAGGAGCAGCACACAGGGAUGGCAGGAUCCAGGUGAACGAUCUGAUUGUGGAGGUGGAUGGGACCAGUUUGGUGGGAGUCACCCAAAGCUUUGCCGCCUCUGUACUCAGAAACACCUCAGGAACCGUUAAGUUUGUGAUUGGACGAGAGAAGCCGGGUGAACAGAGCGAAGUGGCCCAGCUCAUCCAGCAGACCUUGGAGCAAGAGCGCUGGCAGAGGGAAAUGAUGGAGCAGCGCUACAACCAGUACAUGGAUGAACAAGAGGGUGGGGAAUACGGCACAGAUGAGGAAGAGGAUGAUGAUGAGGAAGCUAGUCCACCGUAUCCCACUGCGAUCGAGGUGUUUGACUUGGCGGAGAACGAGGACAUGUCGCCUCUGGAGACAGACCCUGAGAAGCUGGCCCAUAAAUACAAAGAGCUCCAAAUAAAACACGCUGUCACCCAGGCUGAGAUCCAGCAACUGAAAAGAAAGCUGCACCACGCAGAGCAGGAGAAGCAGCGCUGGCGUAUGGACAAGGCCCAGCUGGAGCAAACCCUGCAGGAGAACAAGGAGCGAAUGGAGAAGCUGGAGGGCUAUUGGAUGGAGGCUCAGAGCCUGUGCCAGGCAGUGGAUGAGCACCUGAAGGAGACGCAGGCCCAGUAUCAGGCCCUGGAGCGCAAAUACAGCAAAGCCAAACGUCUGAUCAAGGAGUAUCAACAAAAAGAGAUUGAGUACCUGAAGAAGGAGACCCAGCGCUGUGCACAAGUUGGGGCUGAGGCCAACCUUCUGAAAGAGGAGUCAGGGCAACUCCAAGAACAGGUGGCUGAUCUGGAGUGCCGAGUGGAGGAGCUGAAAUCUGAACCAUUAUAAAAGCCUUUUCUAAUAAAUAUAGAACUUCACCCGACAAAGGAGUGUUUUAAGUACUUGCAACGAACUGCAGGGUAUCUCGUGUGUCCAACUUGAGCUUAAUUUGUGGUCGCAUACUGUAUGUGCCCUCAGGCUUUGUAUUUCACCCACUUAACCCUUUUAACCAUGUUUUUCUGUUGGCAUUUAUGGGAAGAAGAGCAGUUUUAUCAUCACAAACGGACUCCGUAGAUGUACUGUUCCUUUUUCAUUUUCAGACUUCAGUAUUUUCUCCCUUAAUUUGUGAUUCUUGUGAAAGACCAGGCUGUUGCUUUUCAAUUGCCAAAACAAAACAAAGAUCCUUUCUUUCUUUCGCUUAGUUUUGUGACAUUUUUUUUCUGAGUUUGUACAGAUGUGAUACUGUGUGGUUUAACAAUCAGUUUGGUUUGUAAAAAAAUUUAAUGUGCAUAACAUUUAACAUAAUAUAAACUAAUGAGAGUCGAGGGUCGUUGUAUAUUUUGCGUGGCAAAGAUGUGUAAAUUGGAUGGAGACCGCACUGAAGACGACAACACAUGGUGCUUCACUGGAUUGGAGUAAUAAACGGGAACAAGUCUGACGUGUCUUUGAAACUGUACAGUAUCCCAACCUUCGUAGGGGUCUCGUCACAUAACCUUUAGAACCAACUGCUGCCUACCUUUCAGACGUGUUUGUGUAUUUUUUACACAUUAGGACUCGCGAACAAGCGACUAAUCCUCUGGUUUCAACCCCUCACUUCUAUCAAAAAGAAAAAAAAAAUAGAAAAAAGGAAAAAAAUGGACCACGGAAACAAGCCUCCACAUCUGCUGUGCCACAAACAAUGGAUAUCUCUUCCCUCCCCUUCAAAUGGAUGUUGUCAUGGACUUGUAGAACUGGAAUUAGUUAGGACUACUGAUGUAAGAAACAUUACUGGACUGGGAAGUUAAAGAAGCCGUUACCAGCAGCAAAGUUUUAGAUUUAAGGAGCUCGUCUCUAACCAGCAGCUGCACUUGACACCGCUGUGUGUAGCACAUGGAAAACACUGCCAGGUUUCUACCUGUUUCAGUUUACGCACAGUUUAAAUGAAACUGAGUUUUACUUGUGUCAACUGUCAUGCCAGUAUGUUUGUAUAGUUCAGGUCAGACUGAAAUAUUUUAAUUUUACUUAAUAUUUAUAAUAUAGUCAAGUUGGAAAUAUGAGCUAACAAAGGACAAAUAGUGACAAAAGCAAUGCAAAAAUUAAUGUCCAAUAAACAAAGUUAUACUGUGUCAUGUAAAAAAAAAAACAAAAAAAAAAAAACAAGAAACGAAAAAAAAGUAGUAGAUCUGACUACAAAAACAAAUUUAAGACUACUUAAUUGAAGAAAAAAAACAGGCAUGGUUAUGAGUAUUUUCAUAAUAUUAAGGCUUGUACAGUGCACAUGCUUUGCAUUGUAUGUUUUGUGGAAUAAAUGGUCAACAGUGA